UAUCUUUAAAUGAAAGCAAACAGCAGGAGUCUUCCUGUAAUUCAGCAGCACCUCAUUAAAGCAGACAAAAAGUUCAACACUGCAGGAAUCUACACAUCCUUCCAGAGAUAAACAGUUAAAGAGGACAUCAGAUCCUUCAAGUUACAGAGAAACAGGCUUCACAAAAGAAACACCAUCAAAGCCAUCAAAAACCCACCAAAAAAUACAUAAAAUGAAAUCAUCAGAGGACAUGAUAAGCAUCGGGCUAGAUUCGGACAGUGAGGCAAGACUGGUGAAAGAGGCUGUCGAUAAAGCUUAUGAAUUUGAUACGGAGCCAGCACCAAAAGCCAGCUCAUUUGAUACCAUGCUAUGCUUGGACAUUUCUUCCAGCAUGAUGAAGGGAGGAGCGUUUGAUGAAAUGAAGAGGGCAGUGAAUGUUUUCAUUGAUGGGGUAGAAGAUGCAGUCAAUGAAUCUGGUACAGAAGAGAAUAUUGGGCUUGUGACAUUUGGAGAUCAUGCUGUUGUUGCACAGAAUCUCACAAAUGACUUCUCUCGGAUCAGAGAAAAAGUGGAGGCACUGAAGCCAGAAGGAAAGUCGCCCUUUGUUGAGGCCCUACUAGUGGCCAUGGCAGCUUUUGUCCGCAAAGGUGGCGUUGUCUCUGUGUCUGGAGAGUGGAAUGUGCGUCCACGUAUCAUUUUUAUCAGUGAUGGCUAUCCAACUGAAUCAACUGAGGAUAAGGGACUAGAUGUUGCCAAGAACAUUAAUCAUGUGAGGGCAGCUGUAUCAAGGAUGUUGAUCAGUUUCAAGGCCAGCUCAAGUUUUAACCAAGUGCAUCCUAUUGUGUUUGUCCCAGUGGGGUCUAUGGCUGAUAAGUUCUACAUGAAAGCAAUGUCUGACGUGUGUGGUGGAUGUUAUAAAGAGUCAGCCAACAUCAGGGACCUAUGUUACUACUUUAGAACACAGGAUACAAUAGGGAAAGUGAUAGUAUGCUUGAAAGACAAGAAGGAAACUGUAUCACAAGAAGAAAUAAGGGCAGUUGUUAAAGCACUGGCUCCUGACCUUAGGCAUGUCGAUGAGAAGGAAAUAGUUGAGACCAUACAGAAUGAACUUAAGAAUCCUGAAAGGCGUUCCUCCAUUAAAGUCAACCCUAGAAAUGUUGAACUUAACAAUGUGUAUGAAAACACAGAGAAAGUCAACUUAGGUUACUUCCUGCCACUGGGUACACGAGUAGUUCGUGGACCUGACUGGACUUACGGGGACCAGGAUGGAAAUGGGCCAGGCACUGUUAUUAGUCAUGAAAAAAAAUAUUCUUGGCACUGGGUCGAGUGGGAUUCUGGAGAGUUCAACUGUUACCCACAAAGCCCAAGAAAGGGAUUUCAUCUGAUGAAAACAGAUGAAAGUCCACGGAUUAAAACUAAAAAUCUUGAAAUUGGCAUGGUUGUGAAAAAAGGACUAAAGUGGAACAAGAGGGAUGGUGAUGAGCAUUUGGAGAAAGGUGUGAUCAUUCGCAAAUCAGACAAAGAGAAGAAAGUAGUGGUUCGGUGGUCUAAUGGAGAACUACAGGUCUGCACUUACUCUAAUAAUGGUCCUGCUGAAGUUGAGUACUGACCUCCCAGUCCUGUGGGAAGAGGUCAAGACAGCUGAACACACUUUGAAGGGAGGGAAGUCAUCUGGAAUUGACAAAGCCCCAGCGGAGUUGCUCAAGCAGGGUGAUAAAGAAACAACAAAAUCUCUCACUGGUCUGUACCUAGGAAUCUGGCAAUACAAAGACUGGCCCAAGGAAUGGACACAUUUACUAGUCAUGUCCUCAUUCAACAAAGUUCUAUACAAGAGAUCUGUGAUCACAGUAUUAACAUUGAACUGGGAAUCUUCUUUCUGACACAGUGGGUGUUCCCCAAGAGUGAAAAUCUUGGAGAAUAUCAUGCAAGAAACCCUUCAUGAAUAUCACACCACCCUGACCAUUGAUGAGGAGUUCAUGUAGAAACUGCACUUUUCAGAGGACGUGUACCUGAUGGAGGACCGCAACAGCAGACUGCAAGAUAUUGCCAAAAGAUUGACAGUACAAAUGUUUAUGAAAUGGAGACCAAGUCUGAUGAGAGCAAAGUCAUGGUGAACAUCAACAGCUACAGCAAGUUGGAGAUCUGUAUGAAUAGACAACAACUUGAAGAUGUGAAUAGCUUCAAGUAUCUAGGAACCACCCAUUCCAAAGAUAGCAGCUGCUUGUCAGCAAUGAGCACUAGUAUUGCAACAUUGAUAGCAGUAAUGACUAGCUGAACAGGAUUUGGUGUGACAGUACCAUUAGGUUUGCUACCAAGCACAGACUGUCUAAGUCCUUCAGUUGCCAUCCUGCCAUAGGAAUGCAAGACAUGGACUCUGCUUCCUAACAGAGAGAAAAAAAUGGAGGCAUUUGAGAGCAAGUGCCUGAGGAAAUUAAUAUUCAAUUUCCCUGACAAUGGUCAUAGGAUGGAUGAAUGAAUACGGGUUUGUGGGUGGCUGUUUACGCAGGUGAAGAUGUGCACUUGCUUAAUAUAACUGUAAGAGAGGGUUGUUAAUAAAUUUAUUGACUUUAUGUACUGCCACAUAUAUCUU